AUGGGCAACUUUAGCAGCAGCAACGUUAACAGCCGGAGGAGACACGGCAACCGGCGGAGCCACCCUCCACCGCCACCACCAGCACCCCCACAGCCGGAAAUCACGGCCAACCGUUACGUUUUCGCCGCGGCAACACCUUACCCUUCACAAUACCCAAAUCCUAAUACUCCACCAUAUUACCAGUACCCUGGCUACUAUCCACCCCCGCCACGAGCCAUGCCUGUGCCUUUACCGGCUCCAUAUGAUCAUCACCACCGGGUGGACCACCCGGCGGCUCAUUGGGUCGGUGGGAGGUACCCAAUGAUGCCUCAACCGGCGCCUUAUGUAGAGCACCAGAAGGCGGUUACUAUAAGGAAUGAUGUUAAUUUGAAGAAGGAGAGUUUGAGGCUUGAACCGGAUGAGGAGAAUCCAGGGCGCUAUCUUGUUGCAUUCACGUUUGAUGCUACUGUUGCUGGAAGCAUCACUAUCAUUUUCUUUGCUAAAGAAGGUGAGGAUUGUGUCCUGACACCAACAAAGGCAGACCUUCUUCCACCAGUAACAGUAAAUUUCCAACAAGGUCUGGGCCAGAAGUUUAGACAGCCUUCUGGAACAGGGAUUGAUUUCACCUUGUUUGAGGAGAAAGAGUUGGUAACAGAGGCUGAGGUGGAUCCCUAUCCUCUAGCAGUAAAGGCAGAGGCAUCCCCUGCCAAUCAAAAUGGAACAGAAGGAAACCAAGCGUCUGGAGCUAUGAACUCUCAGAUUACACAGGCUGUAUUUGAGAAGGAGAAGGGUGAGUACCAAGUGAGGGUAAUGAAGCAGUUCCUCUGGGUGGGUGGGAUGAGAUAUGAGCUUCAGGAGAUAUAUGGGAUUGGAAAUUCAGUUGAUGGUGAUGUUGAUGCGAAUGACCCAGGUAAAGAAUGUGUCAUUUGCCUGUCAGAACCACGGGACACUACUGUUCUUCCUUGCCGACACAUGUGUAUGUGCAGCGGAUGUGCAAAGGUUUUGAGGUUCCAAACGAAUAGGUGCCCCAUUUGCAGACAACCAGUUGACAGGCUUUUAGAGAUUAAGGUCAACGAUGGGCCUGACGAGUGA